AUUCAGUGAUCAGAAUUUCAAUACGUGGCGAAUCUUUACAGAGUACAGAUCGACACUGUCUAUUUCUAGUGGUUAUUGCCUGCAACUUAUGAUGGAACGUGUAGUUGGAGUGCUUAUUCUGUCACUGGCAAUCCUUCAAGCUGUUUCGGCGAAGGAUAACAGAUGCGAAGGAAAAAAUUAUUUUGAUGUAUGCGAUGAGAAUAAAUGGUGUAUUUGUCCGAGCUUACUUAUAGCAGUAGAUUUGACAAAUAAUCCACUGAAAGCAUGUGACAAAGGUCAGAUGGUAUGCAGAUUCUGGCCAUGCUGGAAUUAUUUUGAUUUCGGCGUCCCUCAACGACCAAGGAAGGGACCAAAGGGUGAAUUCAUUAGAUGCAGUUCUGACGACCAAUGUACGAUAAGGGAAGUACCGUUUUACUCGUCGGCAGCAGCAACAAUGGACGUAACAAGGCAGGACGAAGGAGAGGAAGGAGAGAAGAAAUAG